GUCUGCCGUUGUGUCGCGGCCAGUCUACGCGCCAUGGCGCUCGGUGCUUCAGCGCGGCGGCUGCGCGCCGUAGCGAGAAACCCAUCAUGAACCGCUAUAGCAGAAACAUCACCCAACCAAAGGCACAAGGCGCGAGCCAGGCCAUGUUGUACGCGACGGAGGGCAUCAAAACGGAUGACGACUUCAACAAGGCGAUGGUCGGCGUGGCUAGCGUAUGGUAUGAAGGCAAUCCAUGCAACCGGCAUCUGCUUGCCAUGGGCCAGCGUGUCAAGAAGUCCGUCGUAGACGCGGACCUGAUUGGCUACCAGUUCGGCACUGUCGGAGUUAGCGACGGGAUUAGCAUGGGCACCCGCGGGAUGUCCUACUCGCUGCAGUCGAGAGAUCUUAUCGCGGACUCGGUCGAGACCGCGGCCGGAGGACACUGGCUGGAUGGCAUGGUCGUGAUUCCGGGGUGCGACAAGAAUAUGCCCGGUGUGCUCAUGGCGCUUGGCAGGCUGAACCGGCCAGGGCUGAUGGUCUACGGUGGAACCAUCAGACCCGGUUCAUGUGGUGGAGGUCCUCCUUUGGACAUCGUCUCAGCAUUCCAGUCCUACGGCAAGUACCUUCAAGAGGGCAAGACCCCUGAUGCCGAGCAGGAGCGGUACAACACCAUCAGACACGCCUGUCCAGGCCCGGGUGCUUGCGGAGGAAUGUACACCGCAAAUACGAUGGCCAGCGCUGCCGAAGCGAUCGGCAUGACGCUGCCCGGUUCUUCCUCUUUCCCUGCGGAAUACGAGGAGAAGCAAAUCGAGUGCGACCAAGUUGGACCUGCUAUGCGUAACCUGCUGGAAAAGAACAUCUUGCCCCGGGACAUCAUGACACGUACCGCGUUUGAAAAUGCGAUGGUCUUGACGAUGAUCCUCGGUGGAUCCACCAACGCCGUCCUUCACUUGCUCGCCAUCGCACAUUCUGUGGGCGUCAAGCUUACCAUUGACGACUUUCAAAGCGUCUCCGAUCGCAUACCCUUCAUUGCGGAUUUGAAACCUAGUGGCAAAUACGUUAUGGAAGAUCUGCACAAGAUUGGCGGUAUCCCGACGAUUCUCCAUUAUUUGAUGAAGAACGGUCUCAUUGACGGAAACGGCAUGACGGUCACUGGACGCACACUCGGUGAAAACCUCGAGCGCUGGGUUCACGAACAUGGCGAACUCUCAUUCACCCAGGACGUCAUUCGUCCUUUGGACAAACCCAUCAAGCCCACCGGUCAUCUUAGGAUCUUGAAGGGUAACCUUGCACCGGGCGGUGCCGUAGCGAAGAUUACGGGCAAGGAAGGACUAAGCUUCACCGGAAAGGCCCGCGCAUUUGACUCCGAGGAUGACUUUGUCACGGCCGUCGAGAGCGGAUCGAUCAAGAAGGGCAAGAAGACAGUCGUUGUCCUCCGAUACCUCGGACCCAAGGGUGGCCCAGGCAUGCCGGAGAUGCUGAAACCGACCAGUCUUAUCAUGGGCGCCGGACUCGGAUACGAUGUUGCAUCGCUCACCGAUGGCCGUUUCAGCGGCGGAUCUCAUGGAUUCUGCAUCGGUCAUGUGGUGCCCGAGGCCCAAGUCGGCGGACCUAUUGCGCUUGUCCAGGACGGCGAUACGAUAUCCAUCGAUGCGGUGAAAAACACCAUCGAACUCCACGUUUCGGAUGAGGAAUUGUCGCGGAGGCGGGCAGCAUGGAAGGCACCGCCGCUGAAGGCAACGCAGGGCACGUUGUACAAGUACAUCAAGAACGUGGAGGAUGCGAGCCACGGCUGCAUCACGGACGCAUGAGAGCACGUGGCAGUUGACCGCCGCCGCUCAUUCGCUUUGCAACGCACCUACCAAAAGUAUAUACAUAAAUGAACAUAACGCUGUC